AGGGAAAAAGAAAAAGAGGAGAUACAAUGGUGGCAUAAGGCGAGUCUUGUUAUUGCAGCAAAGAGAAAUUUUGGCAGUGAAGAACAAGUAAAGCAAAUACUAUGGGCUGUUGGGGCUUUUAUCUCUUCCUACUUGCUGCAAAAGGCAACUCUUUCUUACAAUCUUCACCAUAAGAACACAUUCAAGUGCAUAAUUAUGAACUUCGAUUCAUUUCUAAGCUUUGUUUUUGUCGAAUGACAAAUGCAGAUUGAGAUAUGGCUUUAUCAUCCUACGCCUCGCCCACAAUUUCUUCCUCCUUUUGCUUUCUUUGCUUGUUUCAUUUCAAUAAAUCCAACAAUGGGAUUCUCCUACAUACCAAAAUUUACAAGGGUUUUGCUGGAAUGACAGCCCCUUCCAGCUCCGGCAGAAUGCGGGGCGGAAAUCGGCUUUUGAUUGGUUCGCUUCCGAGGCAGGCAGCUGAUUUUCUUAUCACUCCCCACAAUUCUUCUAAUUGGAGAAUGAAUGCUGUCGGCAUGGACUCUACUACCAGCUCCCAAACUCGUACCCCCACCAUUCACGACAAAGGGUCCAAUGGAGCUGCUGCCACACUUGAAAUUCACGUUACUUGUUACCAGCUUAUUGGUGUCCCAGAUCAAUCUGAAAAAGAUGAGAUUGUUAAAUCAGUGAUGGAAUUAAGAAAUGUUGAAAUUGAAGAAGGUUACUCCAUCGAUGCUAUUGCAUCUCGCCAGGAUCUUUUAAUGGAUGUGAGAGAUAAACUUCUAUUUGAACCACAUUAUGCUGGUAACAUGAAGGAAAACAUCCUACCGAAGUCUUCCAUUCGAAUUCCUUGGGCUUGGUUGCCAGGUGCUCUUUGCCUUCUUCAAGAGGUUGGAGAAGCAAAAGUGGUGCUCGACAUUGGACAGACAGUUAUCCAAUGUCCAAUGGCUAAGCCUUACAUGCUUGACAUACUGUUCUCGAUGGUAUUAGCAGAGUGUGCAAUUGCAAAACUUGGUUUUGAGAAGAACAUGGUAUCGCAAGGUUUUGAAGCUCUUGCACGUGCCCAAUAUCUUCUAAGAAGUCAAACAUCUCUCAGGAAACUAAAAUUGUUAUCUCAGAUUGAAGAAUCUUUGGAGGAACUUGCACCUGCUUGCACAUUGGAGUUGCUGGCUCUGCCUAACUUACCCAUGAAUACUGAACGGAGAGCAGGAGCAAUUGCAGCAUUACGUGAAUUGCUGAGACAAGGUCUUGGCGUUGAAAUGUCUUGUCAAGUUCAGGAUUGGCCGUGCUUCUUAAGCCAGGCUCUUGGUAGGCUAAUGGCUGCGGAAGUGGUUGAUCUUCUUCCAUGGCAUGAAUUAGCUCUCAUAAGAAAGAAUAAAAAAUCAAUCGAGUCACAGAAUCAAAGGGUCGUGGUUGAUUUUUAUUGCUUUUUGUUGGCUUUUAAAGCUCAUCUUGCUCUUGGGUUUUCAAGCAGGCAGCCAGAGUUGAUUGGAAAAGCAAAAACUAUAUGUGAAUGUCUGAUAGCUUCAGAAGGUGUCGAUCUGAAACUGGAGGAGGCUUUUUGCAAUUUUCUUCUUGGUCAGUGCAGUGAUUCUGAGGUUUUUGAAAAACUUCAACAGUCUACUUUGAAUUCAAAACCAGCUAUGCCUAGCCAAUUUUCAAGUUCAGCAAUGGAGAAAAAGAAUGCAGAGAACACAUGCCAAUUGUUGGAAAUAUGGUUGAAGGAUACUGUACUUGGUGUCUUUAAAGAUACGAGGGACUGCUCCCUGACACUGGUUAGUUUUCUCCGUGGCGAGAAGAAAAUGGAUGCAAAGAAGAAAAUUAACCAUUCUAAGCAGAUUAUAGUUCACACGAAUAACAAGCCCAUAUCCACUUCCUCUGUAUCAGAUUGGAGGGAUGUUGAGAACGCCUUUCCUGUUUCAAAUUCUUCCCAAAAUCUUGGGAAUAUUGUUAGACGGUUAACUCCUACCAGCUUGCCAAGUCAAUUGGGAAUGGAGAAAAAACAAACUGAUGCAAAAUCAUCAUCAGUUCAAUUGAAAAGGGACCUUCGCAUAAAGAAAUGGAAAAUUUCAGAAUUGUGGUUGUCCAGGGUCAGUCUUGUUGAUAGCAUGAAAGUUCUUGUUGUAGUUGGGAGUAUUAGUUUUGCUUCCUUCAAUCUAAUGAGCAGGAUGAUAAAGAUGAAACCUUUUCCUACAUGGACCCUGCAAAAAGCAAGCCUGAAUACAAGCUCUGUUUUCAGCGAUGAGGGUCUGUCCGUAGAUAAUGUUAUAGCACCUCCAAAUACGAAGAAUAAUUCAAAUCUUAGUAGUAGUCUUAAAAGGCUUUUGUCAAAGCUAAUGAGGAAGGGCAGGAACUUAGCAGGCACAAGUGAUAUGCUACUGUCAUCUGCAAUUACAGCUUCAAAUCAGAACCUGAUGUCGUUUGAAGAAGCUGAAGCCCUUGUGAAGCAAUGGCAAACGAUUAAGGCUGAAGCUUUGGGACCUAACUAUCAAAUCCAUAGACUUGCUAAAAUUCUUGAUGGAACAAUGCUUUUCCAGUGGCAAGCUCUAGCUGAUGCUGCAAAAGCUAAAUCCUGCUAUUGGAAAUUUGUUUUGCUUCAAUUGUCUGUCCUACGAGCUGAACUUUUAUCGGAUAAGUUUGGAGCAAUGGCAUUAGAAAUUGAGGUUCAUUUAGAGGAAGCAGCUGAGCUUGUCAAUGAAGCUGAACCAAAGAACCCGAGCUAUUAUAGCAACUAUAAAGUUCGUUAUUUGGUGAAGAGGCUACAGGAUGGUUCUUGGAAGUUUUGUGAAGGUGAUAUUCUAGUACCAACUUAGUCUAGACAUUCUUUUUUAAGACACAAAUAGAGAAUUUUUGCUCAUUUGGUCUCUGGAACAAGGAAAAAGUAAAAGAUUUAAAGUUCUACAAGGAUAACUCUGCACUAACACCAUGCCCAGGAGGGUUGUAAUGUUUUAUGGAUGAAGUGUCUGCUUGUAAAGUAUUUGAUUCUUUGGUUGUUAAUAACGUUCAAGUCUAUCUUUAGUAUAUAUAUCCUAGUGUACUGACGAUAGAUAAGAGCUAAAUUAUAGAUUGUAUAACUGUAUCUUUGAGUUUCAAACAUUCGUCUACAUUACUUUAGAAAGUGUACCAGAUAGACAUUCCCAAA